CGAAAAUCACAUCAAUCCAACAGAUCGGCAGCUGCUCACAUUGAAGUAUCGAUAAUGGGUAGAUGGUUGGUGUAUGUGCAUACCUUUCGAAUUUUCCCUCUGAUAUCUUCAAUCACAGGAUAUAUGGCGUUGCGCCAUAGCUUCUCUUCAAUUCGUAAAUCACACGCCGCCGGAAGAUCCAAUAGUAAGAGAUCCCCAUACACUGUCUGCAAACUGGAAUGAUACCAUAGCUUAUCAGAAAACAAGUGUCAACCUGAGUAAUUGCUUACAACCCG